AUGAAGCUUUCCUUAUCACUUUUCGCCUUUGCUAGCGCUGAUGUCUGUCAAGAUUGUGACGUUGCGCUUGCCAACUUCAACGCCUGGCACGGUAACUCCGACAUCACUUGCACCCGGUACACUGACCCCCGAGAGUCUCUGUCCGCCCGUGGCGCUUGCAAAGAGUGCAAAAUCCAGUGUCUUCCAAGUGAAGACAAAUGUCCAGGUGUCAGCGCAGUCGCACACGCUGCCUGGAACAAGACCGCGAAGAAACUCACCGCUCAGUACCUCGAAAAGUACGAAAAAAGCCUUGCUGAGGGCAAAGCUAGAAUGGUCGCUCGCAACUUGGAGAAAGAACUCGAAAAGUAUGAGAAACAGAAAAAGAAAGCCGAGGAAAAGGCUGAAAAGGCAGCUAAUAAGCAGCAAAAGAAGGAAGAUUGGCAAGCCUGGCGAGAAGAAAAGCGAGCUGAAAACGAGGCAAAACGCGCCGAAAGGAAGCAGGAAAAGAAGGAGCGCAAGGCGGCAGCCAAGGAAGCCAAGGAGCUUAGAAAGCAACAACGACUCGAGAAACGAGCUCUCGCGGAGAAGAACAAGGCCAAGUUUGCAUUCUACGCCAGUUUGGAACUUUACUACGAGCCCAUUUGCGCUGAUCUCCAUCUCAUUGACGCUGAUGAGAACGUGUCCACUCGCAUGAUGAACCAGUACGAGCAGAUAAAAGAAGAACUCGUCGAGUCCCAGUAA